CAGGAACAUGGCGCUUUGGAGGAUAGGUGUUUCUUGAUAUUCAGGGCUAUCGAUCAUUAUCAUGUAGCUAUGUUCAGUUAAAUAGCAUGAAGGUAAAUGCGCUCAACAUGAUAGGUCGUGAAAGGUAAUCGCUGAUUUUGUCUGUAUGGACGACGGCACGUUAAAUUUCGUAGAGGUGUUUGCUGUCGUCAGCUGAAACUGUUAGCAUGGAGAGGCUAACCUGAUGCGAGCUAGCUGGCUAACAGAAAGUCGCUCACGCUAAACGGACAGAACAAAUGCUUUUUGUGUAAGCUAAGCUGCCUAUAAACGUAUCAUCAAUGGUUAAAAUAAUAAAUGUAAUAUUAAAUCCGGAAGAUACCGCUUAGCACGACGAUACCAUAUAGCUAGCAUUUCCUUAGCUAAGCUAGGAGAAUGAAGAGCCGCCAUGGAUGUGUUUUGUUGCUGGCCGGUGGGAUUUCGCUGUCGGUGUUCAGUCUCUGCGAAGGAGCCCCUCUUCUCUAUCCCCACAAAUCAGUUGGAAGCACAGCAGACCCCUUGUCUACAACACUCUACCUGUCCCUUGUUGUGUCACUGACGGCGCUUGUGGCCUUGGUGGUGUUGUUCGUGAACUGUGUGAGCUGCUGCAAAGAGAGAGAGAUCAACUUCAAGGAGUUUGAGGACCACUUUGAGGAUGAGAUUGACUUCACUCCACCGGCGGAGGACACGCCCUCUAUGCAGUCACCGGCUGAGGUUUAUACCCUUGCUGUGUCCCCUGUGGCCCUGCCCGGACCCCCACAUCUCCAACCUCCUGCUCGCAUCACAGAAGGACCUGCAGGCUUCCAAGUAGCGCGUCACAGUCUGAGUUACAUCCAAGAGAUCGGCAAUGGCUGGUUUGGUCAGGUCCUCCUGAGUGAAAUCUACACUGAUCCAGGUGGAGCCAGAGUGGUGGUGAAGGAGUUAAAGGCUAAUGCAAAUGCCAAGGAGCAAAAUGAUUUCCUGCAGCAGGGAGAUCCAUACAGAGUUCUGCAGCACCCAAACAUCCUGCAGUGCCUGGGUCAGUGUGUUGAGGCGAUCCCCUUCUUGCUCGUCUUUGAGUACUGCGAAAUGGGCGACUUGCGGGGCUACCUUUCCCAGCAGGACUGGGUGUUUCGAAAUGCUGAGCUGCUGCAACUGCAGAGGAUGGCUUGUGAAAUCGCUGCUGGUGUCACUCACCUUCACAAACACAACUUCUUGCACAGUGAUUUGGCUCUGAGGAACUGCUACCUGACUGCAGAUCUUACUGUCAAAGUGGGAGACUAUGGAAUUGGACCCUACAGAUAUAAAGAGGAUUACAUCAUCACGGAGGAUGAUGUGUUUGCACCCCUCCGCUGGUUGGCCCCUGAACUGGUGGGCGAGCGACACGGGGGUGUGGUUACCAUGGAGCCGACCAAGCCCAGCAAUGUGUGGGCCUUGGGCGUCACAUUGUGGGAGCUCUUUGAGAACGCUGCUCAGCCGUAUCCACAUCUGUCCGACCGAGAGGUUCUCAAUCAUGUCAUCAAGGAUCAUCAAGUCAAACUCUUUAAGCCGCAGCUGGAGCUUCCUUAUUCGGACAGAUGGUACGAGGUCCUGCAGUUCUGCUGGCUGUCUCCAGACAAGCGGGCAACAGCAGAGGAAGUACACCGUCUGCUUACCUACCUGCGCAUGCAAGGCCAGAAGGACAUGGAAGAAGAUUUUGAGCAACGCUGGGAUGCUCUGAAGCCUAACCCCUCCACACGCCAGACCACUGUUAGCCACUCCUCCUUCCCUAUCUUGGAGCAGUUCGCUGAUGACGCCCUGCGACAGGAGAUCGAUGAAGUUCUCACCGUCACGGAAACAAGCAAAGGUCUCAGCUUUGAGUACGUUUGGGAGGCAGCCAAGCACGACCACUACGAAGGCAACCACGGACGCUCAAACAUGGACACAACGCUGAACUAUCACAGCAUGUUCUUCCCUGUUUCCAGUGAAGACAUCCAGGCACAUUUCCCUGAUUCUGUAGCCAGAGCAGAGCACACAGAAGUUGGGAACACUACUUCAGGAAUCCAUGGGAUUGUACCAGUGUUUGAUGUACAAAAGCCCACAAAUGGGAAUGAAUAUUACAUUCAACUAGAAGAACAAGGAGAGAGCACUAUUGGGGGAGAAGGCAGCAGAGGGCAAGACUUGGACUUCAGCUCGGGCCGGCAAGACUUCGUUGUUCUCCAAGAUGUCCGUCUGGAUGAGUCGAGUACUGAUGCUGACUUUUUCCACCAAAGUAUCGACUCCAAGGACUCUUACUUACCAGACAGCCACAUCUGGUCAUCUCUGGAAAAUGACAGUCCAUACCACACCAACAUAUUCACUGAAGGUGGAUCCAAGCAGGGGGACUCUCCUUCCUGGGGACAGAGUUUUAUGGAGCUUCCAGAGCGAAAUGGGAACCCUUUCCAUGAAGCUGCCUCAUUAGAAGUCCAGGUGGUGGAUAUAGAUAAAAGCUAUGUGGAUGCUUUUUUAGGGGGUAGUUCAGAAGCCACUCACCCUGCGUAUUCUGUGGAAGUGGAGGGGGAGAGAAACACAGAUGUGAGCAGGCUUCUGAACUCUGAAAAACUAGCCGACAACUUUUUGUUUCUUAAAGAAAAUAACCUGAUGAAAGAAGGAUCUGGUUUCUCAAGUCCGCAGGAGAACUUUCUUUUACCCGGCAUCGCCCACGAACCAGAAGACUCGUUCAGAAUGCGUUCUUGGGACAACCUUGACAGCUUAUGCAGCUUAACCAUACCAGACAAUUAUCUUAAACCCGCAACAAGUAGCACAUCUUCACGAGAGGAGCUUUUAGACUCUCCGAGUGCCAGCUUGGACGAGUCGUGUCCGUCUCUGAUAGGAAAUCAAACACUGGUGCCUUCCAUUACUGUGGUCGCAGAAGAUAACACGAGCAUCCAGCUGCCAGUUAGAAAUAGUUCUUCCACUGAUGACUUUGGUCUCCUGCAGUCCUCUGACAGAGGUCUAGACUCUGGUUUUGAUUCUACCUCAGAGAGGUUUGAGGUGACCGUCAGUCAAACUGAUCAUCACACCCCUGCACUCUCUCAAAGUGCCACUAUGGACUCAUUGUGCACAGAUGCCAAAAUCCCCAGCCUUGAAGAAGACAUUGGAACCUCAAAUGAUGAUCUUCAGCCCACAGAAACUGAAAUGUCAGAUACCUUGCAAGUCCAAGAAUUGUCCACAGACAACGGGCACAAUGAAGAUCUAACAAGUAACGACCUGUUGAGUGAACUUACAGAGGAUGCUGACAUAGAACUGGAAACCACCCUCUCUGAUCACGAGGAGUCCUUCAUGGACACUAAUGGGCGUCCUCUUGGCAGGUCCUCUCUGUUGGUCUCUGGUCCAUCUUUGGACCAGAUCAGCCAGGACAGUUUACUGGAGGACAGUAUGUCCACCACUCUGCCCACCAUAGAAAACUCCGCCGAGACCCCAGACUCUUUCGACUCUCUAGACAUCCACAGGUUAGCCGAACAAGGAGAAGAUCUAAAUGCUCAAAUAGCCCAACACAAACUCCAGCCUCCGUACAAAAUAUCCGACAGCGGGUAUGAGACAGAGAACCUGGAGUCUCCCGAGUGGAACUCUCAGCCGAACGUCAAAGAACAAUCCCCUGUAAAGAAUGGCUUGAGUGUUGCCAAAGAAGAGGAGGAGACAGAAGAGUCCGCGUCGGCGACAAAUCUGAUUCCACCCGAGAUCGUCAUCUCUGAAGUCGAGGUUGUGCCGGAUGCUCACAUCGAGGACCCAAGUGAGGACCAGGAAGCUGAGCAUGAAGCUCCUGCUGAGGAACCGCUCAUGGGGAGUAAUUACAGGGACUCCGCCUACUUCUCUGACAACGAAUCAGAGCCCGAGAAGAAGUCUGAAGAAAUGAUUGCAGGAGGUUCUGUUGAAGCAGCAUGGCUGAGGAACUCCACCGAUGCAGUCAGCGGGGGUCCAGCAUUGGAGGUUAACACAAAGAAAGAAGAUUCCCUAACCCCUCAGCAGGAAUCUUCUGAAUCUGCUGAAGCAUCGUCUGGUGGACGAACAUCUGAUCAGCAUGUUGGAGGCGUAACAACACAAGCAGAUUUAGAUAUCACAGAGAAACCUGAGAAUAACGCUGCAGAGUCUGUUAACAAUCAUAUUGAAGAUGGAAACCAGCCCGAUUUGUUGAAGGACAUCACAUCCCCCAGAGAGCAAGAUCCAUCCGAAGAAACCUCGUCUCCACUUCCUUCUGCUGCCCCAUCAAACGCAGUCCACGCCAAACUAACCAGGACGUAUGCAAGCGAUGGUCACAAAAUAAAAGAGCCAGACAUGGAGGGCCGUUACCUGGGGAGGCGGGACGGCUCCGCUUUAGACGGACAGGAGGACAGCGGGGAUGCAGACGAGGAAGACGAGAACAGCGAGGACUCGGACGAUGACAUGCGUGCGUACCAGCUCCACAGCUCCAGCUCGGACAGCGAGGAUGAUACGGUUCAUCCAGUGCCGGUUAUCGUCUCGGACGACAGCAGGGCCAAGAACCUGAAGAGCUUGUUGAAGCCAACCACGCUGAACAUCGAGGCGUCGUCUCCCCAGUUUCCUGCGAGGUUCAGUGCAGACAACUCCAGAAGAGCCGUGUCCUUCUUCGAUGAUGUCACUGUCUACCUGUUUGAUCAGGAGACCCCGACCAAGGAACUGGGUGACCACUCCUCAGGCUCAAACAGUCAGGCACCAGAGCUCAGCAGCCCAGUGUCCAGCUCCAGCUACAUGAACCGCUUCACCAACUCUGAAAGCUCCACAGAUGAAGAAGGUGGUGGGUUCGAGUGGGACGACGACUUCUCCUCCCCUUCGCCCGCCUUCCUGCCCAAGACGGACAAAAGCCCCGCAUCAAAGACCAUGUCGUCAUCUGCGGCGUCACGCUUCACCUCCCCGCCCAGCACAGUCCUGGAGCCCAGCUGGACCGGCUCCUCCAACUACUCCCGUUUCUCCAUCUCACCGGCUAGCAUCGCCAGCUUCUCGCUCACGCAUCUCACCGACUCUGACAUCGAACAAGGAGGAAGCAGUGAAGACGGAGAAAAGGACUAGCCUGAUAAAUGAACGGACUGUUUUCCAUCACACUUAUCGGAAAAAAUGAACCUUUACUCGCACUUUUUUUGGAAUCGGCUGAAUAAGGACAGAUGACGCGGUUAGUGGGGCAAACCGCGGAUGCUUCUCUCAGGCAGAACAGUUCUUUACCUACAUAGACAUGGCCGAAAGAAAAAUGGCUGACGUAAAAAUAAGACAGACCAGGCCCGGCCCCGGGAGUCUGAGCCCCACAUCACGUCUCCAUCCACAUCAGUGUGUGUGUGUGUGUGUGUGUGUGAGUGAGAGAGUGUGUGUGUGGUCUCAGUUCAGUGCAAUUCCAUGUGGGCAAGAAAAAAAAAAAAAGUUUCUAAAUGUUUGCUUUAAAGACUCAUCAAACGCAUUCCAGGUGUUUGGCUGCUUCCUUUCAUUGUGUGUCCAAGUGCACUCCGUUUCCAGGACUUUUGCAUCACCAAAAAGAAAAAAAAAAAGAAACGAAGACAUGACUUUAUAUGUUCUGAACACGACGGGCUGAAGAGGAAUCAUCUCCUUGAUUACAGCAGAUGUAAAUCUGAAGAUCCACACUUUUUGCUCCAACAUGAUUCAUUUCCCUCCUUCAUGUUGUGCGAUUUAUUUCUGUGGUUGCCUUUUAUGGAAGAGUACUUUUUUUUUCCUUUGUCAUGCACUACCUGUGCAGUCUCCUUAUCGGAGAGAAGCUAUGUGUGUUUUUCCUUCUGUAGCAACUUUUGUAAAAAGAAGGGUUGACGUUGAGGAAGAGAAAUCCAUGCAUAGGAUGAUCGUACAACUUAAAGAUCUCUCAUCUACAAAGGUGACUCACUGAAUGUUCCUUUUAUUUAUGAGUAAAGGGAACAUCUGCAGAUCGUAGUUUCAUAUCUUUGAGACGUCUCCGUAAGAAUAGUUUGUGCUGUUAAUCGAGGGUUGUUUGUUGAUCCUUGCAGAGGUGAUAUCCAGCUGAAAGUCCGGUGUGUAACACUUCAUUGAAUGCUCUGAAACGUGCAGGACGUUGCUCGGAUGGUUAAGUCACCGGGUGUCAUCACAGUGCCUGUGAUGCUGUACAAAAAAAAAAAGAAAAAAAAAACAGCCGCACUCUUCCAUUUAUGAUCACUACUAAAUUUCAAAUCACAAUUUUGUAAGAUUGUGUUUAAGAAAAGAAAAAAGUUGUAUAUUUUAUUUUUAAAUGUCAGAAUGAAGAAAUGUAAUAAGCUGUUUGUGAACAAAUGUGCAAUGGAGUUUGUUGAUUAGUUCAAGUUUGCGUCAUGGGAAGGCGAGCGUUUCUUCAGUAAUGUGCAGGGACUUAAAGCUUCACAGAAAAACACUACUAGAACAAAAACACUGCUGCUUUUAUCAGCGUCAUGAACAGAGUUGUCUGCCUUUUUAUUUUUAUUUUUUAACUUAAGUGUCAAACUUAAUGAACCUGUUCUUAUGACAUUUUCCUCCUCGCCUGGUUGCAGUUUCCAGCAUUUCAUUGUUGAAUAUUAUCAUUUAUAGGCUGAACAUCUUCUCUGUGGCUGUACAGGGCGUGUCAGGAUGUGUGUGUGUUUGUGUGUGUGUGUGUGUGUGUGUGUAAGCAGAGCUGCUGUUAGUCAAUAGGCAAGGCAGGCAACUGAUUGGGGCCACAGGCCACUAGGGGGCCCCCAAGGGCUGACACAUUUUAAACCACAGCAGCUACUCAAAAUGUGCGAGUUUUGCAAUGACAGUAGGAUAUCUCCCUGAGGGGGGCCCCCAUCUGACAGCACUCCCUCUCGUUGCCCUGCUAAGCGUGGCAUGCAUUUUUUUUACUUUGAAAACCAACAUUUGUGAAUGAUAUUAACAGAAGGAAAUGCAAAGUAAUCAUCUAUCUGGGAGUGAAAAAAGAAUGAGAGAAAGACGAGUAAGCGUCUGGAAACUGGCAGACAUAAUGGUUAUAUUACUGGUUGCCUAGGGCCCCAACAGGCUCUAUAAUUGCCACUGUGUGUAAAACUUUGUGUGUUUCAUCAGUUUCUGUAGCAACCAGUCCCGCAGCAGGACAUUCAAACACAAGGUUUCAGUGUACAGCUAUUAGACCAGUUAUUUAAUGUAGGUAAUACAGUUACUGUACGAGUCUAUCUGCACCUGCAGGAGAUCCAGUCCAUGCCUCCCUCCACACACAGAAGGCACUGUACAGUAUCUUAGACAAUGUCCACCUCUGUUUGAAACCAGCAGCCUCUGCUUCAGUUAAACUUGAACGUUUAUUUAAAGGAGAUCUUGUUUUAUUUGACUACAGUAUACAUUUGCUUAAUCUUGCACAUUUGAGAAAUGUAACUUAAUGUUGAACUGUACCGAUGUAUGUAAAUGUUAUUCUUUUUUUUUUUUUUUCUGUCUGUAAAUUGGGAAAUGAUGUAAGUAGGUAUGAGGUAUGAUUUUGUAACUUAAAAAGCUGGGUUGAUCAGAGGAACAUAUCACCGUCAUCAUCGGCAAAAAAGCGGUUAAUUUAAGACACUAAAGGAGGUGUGAAUUCAUUCUGUCCUUAAAGAAACGUGUAGAUUUUAAAAAUAUUUUUACGUCAUAUUUAUCAUGCUUAGUGUAAUUGAAUGAAAUGUUUAUAAUUACACUGUUUAAUAUGAAAAUAAAUGCAAAAGAACUUCUGAA